CCUGAUGGAGCAGACGGAGAGACAAACUGCGGGCAGACUGAGGGACAUCUGCGAGAGGACACAGAGGUAUACUGAUUGAUUUGAUUUGUACGAGGACGCGGCUACAGCAUCCAUGGUGACCACCAAACACAUCUACAAUAGCAACCGCAAGGUCAUCGUCAAGACACACAUGUCUGAGCUGAGGUACGUGGAGUUUGCUGAGGGGUUGGCCAUGAACCUGACAUCGCUAAGGAAAAGGUCGGCUGCGUUGUUUCGGAAACUGAAGGAGCAGCGAAGCCACGUCCAGAAACAGCUAGAGGACAUGUACCGGCAAGAGGUGGAGGUUGAGAUCAAACUGCGCUCCUGUCAGGGAUCAUGCAACAGGUCCGUUGCUUUCCGUAUCGACCACGACGGCUACAGAUCGCUAGACAAUCAGAUGACCCUGUUCAGUAACACUGCCAAGCAUCAGAAGAGCUCUCCUCUUCAUAAGGACAUCGCUAAGAUCAAACUACAGCCAGUGGAUGUCGGUCUCCCGCCGUCCCCCGCCUAUAAAACCAUCCCCAUGGUGCAGAAGGAACUCCUGACUCAGUUUGAGGAUCUAGAACAGAACCACGUGGUUCUAGAAGAGGUUCUAGAAGAAACGGAAUGCCUGGGUUCUGAACGGGAGAGGGGGGAAAAAGGAGAAGCAGGUGUUCUAGAAUGUAAAUUAUAAUCUUAGAUAGAGAUGUCUGCCUCUCUGUGAUAUCUUGGUUCGGGUCUGAUGCAUAUGUUAUUAUAAACAUAUUGGGUUGUAUUUGAACCUUUUAACUUAUAAUAAAGGACUGCUGUUUUAUUAACAUAAACUAUCAUUAUAUACAGUCAUCGCCACGGGAAGUAGGAGUGUUGAGGGUGCCUCACUGAGGUGUUACUACUGACUCCUGAGUGGUGCAGGGGUCUAAGACACUGCAUCUCAGUACAAGAAGCAUCGCUGCACACACCCUGGUUCGAAUCCAGGCUGCGUCACAUCCGGCUGUGAUUGGGAGUCCAAUAGAGACAAGUGGCCCGGGGUAGGCUGUCAUUGUAGAUAACAAUUUGUUCUUUAACUGACUUGCCCUGUUAAAUAAAACAAAUAUGACUCUUGACAGAGAGGAUAAAAAUAGGCA